GGGUUAGUGCCUUCUAAAUUUGACCACAGUAGAAGCUUCGUGGAGUUGUAGUUCUUGAAUUUCUAGUCUAGCCUACCCAAUUUCAGCUCAGUGAGAGUAGAGUAGCCUACAUUAUCGCCACUGAAGCGUCUCACACCUCUCCGUGCUCUGUUUAGGCUACUGUAUGGUGAUCAGGAUAUCAAAAUACGACGCGGUCUUCCUCCAACACAAAAAAACAAGACCAACCUGUUGUUCAGCCCACUCGAAGAGAGGACAAGUUUGUUUGGGCUUUGUUUUCUACACUAGUGUUGUGUCCCGUGCUGACAAUGGACAUCUAGUAGGUGUGGAUCUAUUGAGUGGCGAGAGGGUUCGAGGAAACUUCGUGGCGAGUGCUUGUUACAGGUGGAACGAACCAACGACAGUCUGCGAUGAAGCCGAGCGCUAAAUUCCCGGAGCUCCUGGAUUUGAGCUUUUUGUCCGCUGAUGAGGAAGCGGCGAUCCUUAAAGUUUUGCAGAGAGAUGAAGAGUUGAGAAAGUUUGACACCGGACGCCAAAGGCGGCUGAAGGCCACCACUCCAGACCCAAAGCAGGUGAGGGUCAUGACGGGUGAGUGGUUCGAGGAUCUGAAGACAAAACGUUACGGCCAGCCAUGCGACAUCACAGCUGUCGUAAAGUCCUCAAUGAGGAGAAAGAGGACACCAGGUGCACCCAAGAUUAACCCCUUCAUGACUUACACUGCAACAGAAGCCCGGGGAGAUUCAAAUCAGUUAUCCACCUCCAGGCAUCUUCCGGCUUUUGCUGAAGAGACAUACCGGGAAUACACUGAUGAAGAUUUCAAUCUGAAUGAUGAGCCUUCCUCCUCUGAAAUUGGCCGACAAAAAUCGCCAAGCUACAACGAUGAAGGGGCAAAGCAGCCUGCUGGAAAAUCCUCUAACCCUUUCCUCAACGCACACACCCCCGCCAGCGCUGCUGCCAGUGCUCCUGACAAUCAUUCCCCAGGAGUAAACGAUUUACCUCCUGCCGAGAACAGGAGUUUCGCCUUCAUGCCUUUCAAGUCUAGCGCCACCCCGAAGGAUGCCGUCACGCCGGCCGAGUCGAGCAGGAUGGUGUCUCUCCCCCCCGCUUUACGUAAAGGGGCAUCUGUGGAAGACAGCUGGGUGAAGAUAUCUGUUGAACCCAACACCGUGGCCCAAUCUGAUUUGAGACGAGAUGGAUGUGAUGAGUCGGAGGCCCAUACUAGUUGCUCGUCAUCAGACUCUGAAGAGUCCCAGUCGGUCCCUCAAACACCCUUUGAGCCAGUCCUUCUGCAAUACAAGGAGAAUGUCUCGGACAACGUAAACAUUUCUCACGUACGUGAGAGGCCGUUGCCUCACCGGAGAACAUUUGUAAAGAGAAGCGCUGAUUCUGACAAAGCAGAGCGCUCAGAGCCUGAAACCACAAGCUCGCUCUCCUCGAACUCGACCACUGAGCCAACGGAAGUGAUAAGUUAUGAAGCUGCUUCCUUCAGAUCCCAAUCUUCAGAAGUCACUUCCUGCUCUAGCAGUGAGUCUGCAGAUGUUCUUGAGAAAAGUGCGUUUGAGAUGGAGGGGCCGGAGGGGAUUACACUGAAGAAACAGCCCCGGAUGGACUUCGGUUAUCCAUCACAAAGUGCCACACAUACCCCACAAGUCACAGGCAUUGAGGAGUUUGAAAACAUACAGGUGUUGUCCAGUGUAAGAGAUGUGGAUAGCAGCGAGAAGGAGAGUCAAGGAGGAGAUUCGCACGCGAGUGCUUACAUAUUUGGCAAAAUGGCCUCACAUUCAGCAGAGUUCAAAAGCAAGGAAACAGAAGAUGAGACAGUUGGUGAAAACAAAGCUCUUGGCAUCAAACACAAGGCCUUCGAGCCAGCCCAGCUAAAUAAAGCUCCCUCAGCAGAGAGUCAAGAUUCUCCAGUGGACAUCUGCGAGUCUAUUCAGUAUGCUGGCCGUGAACAGCCAGAGGACAAAUUAGUUGAUUUUGGUAAGUCUCCUGAGGUGGAAUAUGAGAUUCCAAAACUGAAUGCUCAUUCCUUUACAGUUGCUCAUGCAGAAGAUGAAAUGCUAUCUAGUGAAUUAAGCAGCUCACAAUUUGGCGACAGGCAUCAUGCUAAGCAGACUGAAAACAACUAUAUCAGAGAAGUCAAUUUUGAGGUUCGUACCAAAGAAGAUGAAUUGGGAGGAAGUGAGAGGGGUACUGAAAUGAAAUUGCCGUCUACGCAAACAGAGGUCCCGUGGGGCAGAGACCAAAUGGAGCUCCAUGACUCUCUCCCUGAGAUAAGGCCUGGAGGAGACACACAUUCCUCGUCUUUAACGAUGUCGGGCUCGGUCAAAGGGGAGAUCGGCGUGGCGUUGAACACGCCUGCAAAUGGUGUCCUCAGUGCACGAAUGAAGCCCCCGAGGGCUUACAGAGUCCUGCCGUUACAGUCUAGUGACGAUCACAUGACCAGCGGACAGGACGCACACACAUCCUCAGAGGUAGAGGAAGUGGCCGUGGGCGAAAUCAGAGGCGCCGCAAAACCUCCUCGGUACGAUCAGGAAGAUACAUGGCCCUCGUCCCCCAAGUCCCAAGAGGUCAACCGAGACAUGGCACUGGGCACCUCCUCAUCGGCCCCUGGUUUAGAUGAAGAGACGGUGUCAACUGGUGCUCCAUGGGACACAGAGGGGGAUGUUGGUGAUGUUGUAGAGCUCAGUGGCAGUGAUUCCACUGAGUCUGUGAUUCUCAAUGAGACGCUUAGUGGAGAUGGCAGGCAGGAGAUGCGCAAGAGGGAUGCUGAUCUGCCUGAGCGGGUCGAGUCUGCAGGCUCGCCCUUUGAAGUGCUGCAGGGAAACCCCUUUGCGUUUGCUGCUGUCGGUGGUGUGCGUGUGUCUGAGGAGAGAAGCGUGACCCCUGAACAUGUAUCCUCAAGUGUUGAUGUACGUCCUCUUAGGCCCGAAGACCAGCCCGACCCAACUGUACAACUGGGAAAUGGAAAUUACAAAAUACCGGCCAUAGUCGUCAUGCCCUCUGAGCAGGCUAGUGGAAUUAAAGAGGGAGGAUCACAGUCUGAAGCAACCAAAGGGAUUAUCGCAUCCAAUGCUGAAUGGGAGGAUGAGGGGCUCGACUCAGGCGAUGACCAGAGUUCAGUGUCCAGCUACGGUUCCGAGCUCUCAGGCAGGAAGAGUCACCUGUCGAAUGCAUUAUCUGCAGGGCGUAUGGGCAGUUUGAUGAGCAUUUACAGUGACGCCGGGGAUUAUGGGAACGUGCUGGUGCAAGGGGCGGUGGAGUUUGCGAUGAUGUACAGCCCGGCUGAAGAACUCAUCAUCAUGGUGGAACAAUGCCAGGACCUGGCCUAUGGCAGUGCACGCAAACAACGCACUGAUCCAUAUGUGAAGACAUACCUCCUCCCAGAUAGGUUUCGACGCACAAAGAGAAAGACCUCCAUUAAGAAGAACACAAACAGCCCAGUUUAUGUUGAAUCACUCAGGUACAAGAUUAAGAAGAAAGAUCUGAUGGACAAGAUGUUGCACCUGUCCGUCUGGCACAAUGACUCCAGGGGCAGAAACGUCUUCCUGGGCCAGGUGGAGCUUAACCUGAAGACGUGGGACUGGGGGCACGAGGCUCUCACCUGGUACAAUUUACAGGCCAAGGGUGGUGAGGGGCAAGAAUCUCAGGACUAUCGAGGAACGUUGUUUGUCGCACUGAAAUAUACACCUGCAGUGUCAACAGGUGGCUCCAAGCAGAACACUGGAGAAGUCCAUGUGUGGUUGAAAGAAGCUAAAGAUCUCUGUCAGCUUAAGUCAAAUAGUGUGGACUCCUUUGUGAAGUGUUACAUGUUACCGGACACAAGUAAGAAGAGUCGUCAGAAGACGAGAGUGGUCAAGAAGUCUCUGAGCCCCGUGUACAACCACGCCAUGGUGUUUGACGGCUUCCGGGCGGGCGAGGUGCGAGAGGCCUGCUGUGAGCUGACCGUGUGGGAGCACCACAAACUCUCCAAUCAGUUCCUCGGCGGGCUGCGACUCAGCGCAGGAACAGGCGAGAGCUACGGCAAACAAGUGGACUGGAUGGACUCUGUGAAUCAGGAGGUUGAAAUCUGGGAGCAAAUGCUGGCCAAGCCAAACAACUGGGUGGAAGCAGUAAUCCCGCUGCGCUCCUCCAUGACACCCCGGAAGUGAAGUCUUCUGCUGGAGGACACAAGAGUGAAGGUCAUAUGAGUGUCUUAACGACUACGUGCGAAACUACCAGUGCCGUGGGCUUGAUAUUUAUGGAAUUGUUCUUGUGAUUGUCAGGUCUGUGUGACUUAACCAGUUGUUGUAUAUAAUACAAAAUGUUCGUGACGCAAAGCCGCUGUUAUCUCCCUCCAUCUUCCCCUUUUCCCAGAAAUCACUGUCUUUUCAGAUGUGACUACAUGAGGUGUUUACAUAAAAGGAUCUCUGAUUGGAAUAAAUAACUUUUCCUCUAA